AGCACCCACCGGGCACUACCCUGAGAACCAUCCUGCCCGGCACCCGCUCAGGGUACAGCACCCAUCAUCCUUCCCGGAGAGCACCCAUCACCCGGGGAGCACCCACCAUCCUGCCCCGGAGAGCACCCAGCAUCCCUCUUUGGACCAUCACAGGCACUGCCCCUUUCCCGCGGCACAGCACCCCCUGAGACCCGCGGCACCUGCCCUAUCGUCAUGUCAGGCGGCAGUUUGAAGCGGCGGCAGUCCGGCUCCCCGGCUGAGGAAGAUCAUCAGGUCACCGAGAAGAUGCUCCGGGACAACGGAGGGCCGGACGCUGACCCGGGAGCCGGCGGCGCGGUGGAGCUCAAGCGCUCGAUCACUCUGGUCAACGGCGUGGCCAUCAUAGUGGGCACCAUCAUCGGCUCCGGCAUCUUCGUGACCCCGACCGGAGUGCUGCGGGAGGCGGGCUCCCCCGGGCUGUCGCUGCUGAUAUGGGCCGUGUGCGGCCUCUUCUCCAUAGUGGGUGCUCUGUGCUAUGCCGAGCUGGGCACUACCAUCUCCAAGUCCGGGGGGGACUAUGCCUAUGUGCUGGAGGUGUACGGCUCGCUGCCGGCCUUCCUCAAGCUGUGGGUGGAGCUGCUCAUUAUCCGGCCUUCGUCGCAGUACAUAGUGGCCCUGGUGUUCGCCACCUACCUGCUCAAACCCCUCUUCCCCAGCUGCCCGGUGCCCGACAACGCCGCCAAGCUGGUGGCCUGCAUGUGUGUCUUGUUGCUCACUGCAGUGAACUGCUACAGCGUUAAAGCGGCCACCAGAGUCCAGGAUGUGUUUGCCGCGGCCAAACUUCUUGCCCUGUGUAUGAUCAUCAUUCUAGGCUUCGUGCAGCUGGGGAGAGGAGACGUUACCAAUCUCAGCCCCGAACAUGCCUUUGAAGGCACCAGUACGGAUGUUGGCCAGUGGGUCCUGGCGCUCUACAGUGGACUUUUCGCCUACGGUGGAUGGAACUACUUGAAUUUUGUGACAGAAGAAAUGAUUGAACCGUACAAGAACCUACCUCGGGCCAUCAUUAUCUCCUUGCCCAUCGUGACCCUGGUGUACGUCCUCACCAACCUGGCGUACUUCACCACACUGUCCCCGGAGCAGAUGCUGAACUCCGAGGCCGUGGCCGUGGAUUUUGGGAAUUACCACUUGGGAGUCAUGGCGUGGAUCAUCCCGGUGUUUGUCGGGUUAUCGUGCUUUGGAUCUGUCAACGGCUCUCUUUUUACGUCUUCCCGACUGUUCUACGUCGGGUCCAGAGAAGGUCACCUGCCCUCCCUUCUCUCUAUGAUCCACCCCAAACUUCUCACCCCUAUGCCCUCGCUCAUAUUCACCUGUGCCAUGACGCUUCUCUACGCCUUCUCGGAUGACAUUUUCUCCGUCAUCAACUUCUUCAGCUUCUUUAACUGGCUGUGCGUGGCCCUGGCCAUUAUCGGGAUGAUGUGGCUCCGUUACAAGAAGCCAGAAUUAGAAAGACCCAUCAAGGUGAAUCUCUCUCUCCCGGUAUUCUUUAUCCUGGCGUGUUUCUUCCUGAUCGUGGUGUCUUUCUACAUGACCCCGGUGGAGUGCGGAAUCGGUUUCAUCAUCAUCCUGUCCGGAGUUCCCGUUUACUACUUUGGAGUCUGGUGGCAGAAUAAGCCCAAGUGGGCCUUGCAGUUCAUACAUUCCUCAACAGUGUUUUUCCAGAAGCUCAUGGAGGUCGUACCCCAGGAAUCCUAAACUCCGACCCAAACCCCCUCUGCCUCUAGACAACGGCGCAAAGGAACAUGUUACAUUGCAAUGGAGUUCGUAAAGAGAAUAUUUAAUCCGCAGCAAACAAAAUAACCCAAACUCUUCUGGGAUCGAAUUUUAAGCAAUGCUGUCUCCAAAACACGGCAGUCAUCAUCAUUAUCUGGUGUGCAAAAGAGCUCGUAAGGGCCCGAGUCCCUCACCGCUCAUCACACAUCUUACUGUACCUUCUCAAAAGCUGGUAUUCAAGAA